AUGGGCGCCGCAAAAGAAUUUGAUCCCUCGAAAUCGUACCAGCAGCAAGAGGAAGUAUUCUUUGACGAUGGACGAGAAAUUGAGCUGCUGCAUUUCGUGCACGGCAAGUCAAACAUUGAGGAGAUCAGAGGAAAUCCAAAGAAGGUGCUCGAGGCCAUAGACGAAUAUGCGAGAGGCAAGAAGUACUUGAUGAAUGUUGGGGAGGAUAAGGGCAGGAUCGUGACAGAUCUGAUCCGAGAGCGAAAACCUGAGACCAUGGUGGAGCUGGGCGGUUACAUUGGAUACUCGUGCAUCCUGUUCGGCGCAGCUGUGCGAGACGCCGGGGGCAAGAGAUACUGGAGUCUUGAGCGAAACCCAGAGUUUGCGGCGGUCAUUUCUUCGCUGGUGGACCUGGCAGGCCUAGGCGAUGUCGUGAAGGUAGAGGUCGGAGCCAGCGACGCGUCAAUCAAGCGGCUGCAUUCGACCGGGCAGCUCCAGCACGUCGACAUGAUGUUCCUCGACCACUACAAGCCGGCGUACACCACAGAUUUGAAGCUAUGCGAGGAGUUGCGGCUGGUGACACCUGGAUCUGUUCUGGCGGCGGACAACGUCGUUCACCCAGGUAACCCGCCUUACCUGGAGUACGUGAGAAGUUCGUGCGAGCAAAAGAAGCAGAACAUGAAGGGGAAUGCAGUAAAUGGGGUGGAUACUCGCUUCGCGGAUCGCACUGCCAACCAGUACAAGAACCGCGUGAGCCACGAGAAGCUGGACGAGAGCAGAGUCGGCAACCCCAAUCUGGUAUACGAGAGUCAGCUGGUUGACAGCUUUGAGCCGAACGGUAUCCCGGACGGCGUGGAGGUUACUCGGUGCACAGCGGAAGAGUAG